AUGACCGAACAAAUAAAGUCUGUUAUUCAGACUCUUAAUGCCAAUCAGGCGGGAGAAGUUGAAGCAAGUGAUCGUAUGGCCCCACUGGAUGUGGUGGUUCGGAUCCCUAACAAUCAACUCAAUUCAUUAAUGUGGAUCGACGAACACUCGAGGAAAACUCCCAAGCUUUUAAUAAUUAGUACUUUAUAUGAUUCAGGUUAA